AUGGACUCAGAGAGUAUAGAGAAGCGAUGCACAUUACCGUACGCGGUGGAAUAUGCAAAAUCUGGUAGAUCAACUUGUAAACAAUGUCGUGGGUCGAUUGCAGAUAGUUCAAUCAGAAUUUCCGCCCGUCAACCAAGCACAUUUUUCGAUGGAAUGCAAGAUAAUUGGUUUCAUUUUGCUUGUUUUUGGAAGAAGUUGAAAUUCGGAAAGGAUGAUAUUAACGAAAGUUCGAUUCGCGGUGUAGAUUGGUUGAAGUGGGAAGAUCAAGAAAAACUUCGACAAAGUAUAGCUGAAUUCAAAGCAGGACCAAAAGCAGUUGUACUCGCAUCAACAACAGCAACCGGAAAAAUAUUGGAUUUCAGUAUACUGAAGUUUCAAACUGCAGCAACUUCACGAGGAAAAUGUUCGGGAUGUCAACAAUUGAUUAACUCCGGCGAAGUAAAGUGUCAAUAUAAAAGCAAAUUCACGCAUCCAAGAUGUCUCUUUUCGCAAUUCAAAAGUUUUGAUGGGGAUUUCACGAAAAUUGAUGCGUGGAAUUUUAUAACUACUGAACAAAGAGAUAUUGUUCUUGAAGCGUAUGAACAACGCAAAAAUGAGGUUUGAAAGUAGCAUUUUUCUUUUCAAAACAAACAUUUUUAGCUGAGUACUGCGGUUACUGCAUCUUCAUCUGGACCUGAAGCAACACCUGGACCUGAAGCGACUUCAUCAUCAUCGGAAGCAGCUCCAGCUCCAAUUGUUCAAAUUUCACAAUCAGAUCCAGAUGAGAUUGUUUGCAUAAGUUCUUCACCAUCUCCAUCACCAACACCAUCAACUUCUUCAGUAGUAGCAAUUGAAAAAGAAAAGGAGAAUAAUAUCAAAAGACAUUUUGAAACUGUAGAAUUGGAUGAAAUGGAAGAACGAGCGAAGAAAAGAAAAGUAGAAAUUGAAAAGAAGAAAGAGGAAAGAAAAUUGAAGAAACUCAAAGAACAAGCUGAUAAAAUGUGGGAACUUCGCAAAUUCUUCUCCGAUGUUACAACAGAUCAUGAACGUCGAGUGAUUCUGAAGGAAAACAAGCAAGUUGUUCCAAGUGGAAAUGAUGCAAUUAUUGAGAGACUUGUUGAUAUCGCAUUGUUUGGAGCACCGGCUCCAUGUUCGAAAUGUCAGAAUGGUCAAUUAUUCUACAGCUCAUCAUUCAAAACUUAUGCUUGCUCGGGUUAUGCGACUGAAUAUUCGAAAUGCAUGUUUUCUGACAAGAAUCCGGUUCGAACUCCAUUUGCGAUGCCUUUGGAAGUCUCGAGACAUCACGAUUUGUCCAAUGUUCAUUUUAAUGUGAGCAAUAAAAAGAGUGGGGAUUUGAAAAGAAUUUUAUAUUUUUAUUUUUUUAGGAUUUGGUUGAUCGUUUAUAUCGUGCUGAAGAUGAAGUUGUUACGUAAGUUUUUGGUUGAUUUUUGAAAAUAAAAUAUAUGUUUUCUAGUAACCCGCUGAUCACGAUAAAAUUCUAGAACUCAAUUGAGUUAUGACGUGGCAAAGCUGAAAACUAGCUUCGAAAAUGAUGUUCAGAAGGAUCGAUAACAUAAGUAAACUUCAUGUCUUCAAUCAAUUCUGAAAAAUUAAUUUUGUUCUGUGAAAGAAUUCAAAAUUUUUUGUAAAAUCCUGACAUUUUUUCACAAAAUAAAAUUAAUUUUUCAAAAUUGAUUGAAAACAUGAAGUCUACUUAUGUUAUUGAUCCUCCUGAACAACGCUAUGCUAUAAGAUUUGCUCCUCGAAAUUUGCCACGUCAUAACUCAUAUUAGGAAUUGAGUUCUCCAAUUUUAUAUUGAUCAGCGGGUCAGAAACACCUAGAAAACAUUUUUUUUUAAUCUAGAGUUUCCCAAAGAUCCUAUGAAUUUUUGCGGAUGUCUCCCAGCUUCUGAAGACAUUUUUUCAGCGCCACAGAUUCAUUCAAAUAUUUGGGAGCUUCAAGAUUCGAACAAGAUGUUGCAGAUGAGGCAAUUGAUCCGAUGAAUAUGAUGAGUAAGUGUUUUUUUUUCUCUGCAAAAUUCCCAAGCAAGCCUUCAAAAAAGUUUUUUAAGCUUCGAAAAAUGGUCAAGUCUCAGAUAUGAUUACUCGCCAAAUUAUCAAAAAAGGAACGGUUGUUGACACGGAAUUUGAAUAUGCUGAAGAGUGCCAUGUUUAUAGAGAUGAUGGUAUGUAAUUAAAAAUUAAUUAAUUAAUCGAUAUUUUUUGUAUUCAGAAGAUGGUCUUUAUUCUGCAACAAUGUCUUUCACCGAAAUACUUUGCAACAAAAAUUCGUAUUAUAAAAUGCAAUUAUUGAGACAUGAUUCGAGAGAGUUAGUCUACAUAUGGUUUUGAAUAAACUAAUUUUUGAACUAUUUUUUCAGAUCGUAUUAUUUAUUCCAAUCCUGGGGUCGAGUUGGUACAAAUGUGGGAAACAAAAAUACAAGAAAUUUCUAUGAUUUGGAUUCUGCAAGAUCGGAAUUUGAAAGAGUGUUCAAAGAAAAAACCAAAAAUGAAUGGAAAUUCAGAAAAUAUUUCCGAAAAUAUCCCGGAAGUUAUAGUUAUAUUGAAACCGAUUAUUCCGAAUUUGUGAGUUUUUCAAAGGGAUAGGGUAUAAUUUUUGAAAAAUUCAUAUAAAAUAUGUAUGCUCCAUCACGUUUUGGUACCCGAUUUUCAGGUGGAAGUGGAGCAAAUGGAGUCUGAGCAAAAAAUGAGUCGUGCUCAUUUGAAAGAGCAUUUUCUAAUUAGUAAAAUCCUCGAAAGAUGUGCCAUUUUACACGAUGAAUACAACUUAUUUUUUGCUCAGAAUCCACCAGCUUCGAGGACUUUUACGUGAAAAUCGGGUACUAAAACGUGAUGAAAAAUUUGGAACCUAGAUAAAAAAUGUUUCUCUAUUGCCAUGAAAAAAUGUUUGGUUUUCAGGAAGUUUUGGGAAAAUCAGAAAUUCUUCCCGGAUCCCGAACCGCUUUGCCAAAACCUGUAAAAGAGAUAAUUAUGGCAAUGUUCAACACAAAUAAUAUGAAAUUGGCGAUGCAAAGUUUUGAAAUGGAUUUGAAUAAAUUGCCCUUGGGAAAAUUGUCGAAAAAUCAAAUCACAUCGGCUUACAAAGUUUUAUCCGAACUUCAAGAUCUUAUCGCUGAAACAAAGACAGAUGAGGCGAAAAUCUAUGAUUCAACAAAUAAAUUCUACACAAUUAUCCCGCACAAUUUCGGAAUGCGAUCACCCGAACCAAUCGAUUCAUUCAAAAAAAUCAAGCAAAAGUCGGAUAUGUUGGAUAUGUUAUCCGAAAUUCAAUUUGCAUAUGAUCAAGUGAAACAUGGUGAAGGAGUUUAUUUGAAUUGUGACCCGGUUGAUACACAAUAUCGAAAUUUGAAAUGCGAUCUGGUUCCGCUUGAUUCGAAUUCGUUGGAUUAUCGAAAUAUUGUGGAUUUUAUGAAAAAUACACAAGGAUCAACACAUAUGACACAACAACAAUUAAUUGAUGUACUUAAGCUUGCAGGUUUUGUAAUUUGAAAAAAAUUUAAAAAUUUGCAGAUCCUCGAAGUCAAGCGGCAUGGAGAACAAGAGAAAUUUAUGGAACAAGUGGGAAAUCGGAAAUUAUUGUGGCAUGGAUCGGGAAAAAUGAACUUUGCUGGAAUUCUUGGACAAGGACUUCGAAUCGCGCCGCCUGAAGCUCCUGUGGUUUGUUUUUCGAAUUUUUAACCAAAAAAUAGGAUUUUUUUGCAGUCUGGUUAUAUGUUUGGAAAAGGCGUUUAUUUUGCUGAUAUGUUUUCGAAGAGCUUGUUUUAUUGUAGAGUGAGUUUUUUUUGAAAUUUGGAAUUUAUUUGGAAAAUGAGCAUCUCUUAAAACCUUGAAAAUUUAUUACCCGAAAAAAUUUUCAAUUAAAAAAAUUGUAUUUAACAUUUUGAAGAAAAAUCCGGGACUCGAAGUUUACUUAAAGUUUUCUCUAUGAAAAUUUCAGGUUUUCGGAAAUUUUUCUUCGAAAUCUUGGAUUUCUAGAAACCUAAAUUUUGUGUCUGAAAAUUUGAAAUUGAUUUUUCCAAUUUUCCAACGAAAAAUAAGUAGGUAAAAUUGAAUUAAAAAUUUACUGCCCGAAAAAUUUUUCAAUUAAAAAAAAUUGUAUUCAAAAUUCGAAUAAUUUCCGUGAAAAAUUUACUGGAAAAUUUUGUUUUUGAAAAAAUCAAUUGAGUUUAGCUCUCUAAAAAUCCGAAAAAAUUUAUGUUGUUUUUCAGGCGAAUAAUAAUGACGAGGCGUAUAUGUUGUUAUGCGAAGUUGCACUUGGAAGAAUUCUCGAAUUGAAUCAUGCACAAACAAUCGAUGCAAAUUAUAUCAAAAAACAGAAUAAAGAUUCGGUGAAAGGAAUGGGUCGAGAAUAUCCAAGUAGUUCAAUCACACAUGCUGAUGGUUAUGAAAUUCCACUUGGAAAAGCGACAAAAUCACCCACUGCACACAAUCUUUCACUUCUUUAUAAUGAGUAAGCAAAUUCCAAAGUUUUUUUUUGUCAAAUAUUUUUAUCAUUUCAGAUACAUUGUAUACAAUACGGAUCAAAUUAAAAUCAAAUAUUUGCUCAGAAUGAAUGUCAAAUCGGCCAGACAUAUUCAAUGA